GGGCGGAAGUCCCAACCCCUGGCUGUUUCGGGUCGCUGCAGAAGCGAUGGCGGCUCUGACCGAUGUGCAACGGCUACAGUCCCGAGUGGAGGAGCUGGAGCGCUGGGUGUACGGACCGGGAGGGACCCGAGGCUCCAGGAAGGUGGCUGAUGGCCUGGUAAAGGUGCAAGUGGCUUUAGGGAACAUUGCCAGUAAGAGGGAGAGAGUGAAGAUUCUCUACAAAAAGAUUGAAGACCUGAUCAAAUACCUGGAUCCUGAGUAUAUCGAUCGCAUCGCCAUCCCGGAGGCCUCAAAGCUGCAGUUCAUCUUAGCAGAGGAGCCGUUCGUCCUCUCCCAGGUGGCCCUCUUGGAACAAGUGAGCGCCCUGCUGCCCAUGCUGGACAGCGCUUCUAUCAAAGCCGUUCCUGAGCACGCUGCCCGCCUGCAGCACUUGGCCCAGAUCCACAUCCAACAGCAGGACCAGUGUGCGGGGAUCACCGAGGAGUCCAAGGCUCUCCUGGAGGAGUACAACAAGACUAUAAUGCUCCUUUCCAAGCAGUUUGUGCAGUGGGAUGACCUACUGUGCCAGCUGGAGGCUGCUAAGCAAGUGAAGCCAGCCGAGGAGUGACAACUGCUCACCAUGCUCGCCUCCAGGGAACGGCAGGCAGGCUCCAGGGCCCGUGCCAACCUGCCUUCAUAAGGCGGAGACAGCGUUGUAGUUAGUGAAUUUAAAUACUGCCUAUAUGUGCUCUACUGGGGGCUCUGAGGUCAGAGACUGGGUUUACCUUAGAGGUGUGAUCUACAGUCCCCAUCAGUGUAUUUGGUCCACUGACAAUAAACUGAGCGACCACUAAAGGAGUGUGUUGGCGUGUUGAU